GGGCCCUCGAGUUCAACCGUCGAUUGAUCCAGCUGUGCCGGAACACCGCGGACAUCUGCUACGUAGACCAUGGAUUCUACCGACUACGUCCCACCCAGAUCCUGGCUGCUGACGGACUUCAUCCAAACUUCGAUGGAGUUCGGAUGAUCAACAGUCACCUGCAGAACCUGCUACCACGACUCGCACGACGACUGCCACCUCGUCGACCUGACUCCACCGCUGUCCCGGAACCGGUGUGACCACAGGAAGCCACUAUCUUGGAACAGUGACAGCUAGGACGGACGCCACGACCAUCAAGACAGGAUUGACUAACCGCCGCUGCUGAUCACUCCAACGAUUGGCACUGUGUACGUGUCUUCGCAUUGCCUGUUUCGGAUGCCUGUUAACCAACAAACCCAUGAAGAGGGCCCCGUCUCUGUGGGAGACGGUUACGGCGCCUCACGUCACGGCUUGGAAAUCUUCACCGACGACAUACUAUCGGAGGCCCCCUACUUCCGGACAGCAAUGACGUCAUCACAACAUGAAUCUUUAAAACCCGGUCACCACGAUUUUCACCUCAGUGGGAACGGCGGCAGCAUUAUAGAUACAAUGUCUUAUCGUUUCUUCAUUGCGUUACAGGUUAGUGACAAUCUUGAUGUAUCAUAUAGAAGUGACGAUAUCUGUUUACUGCUGCUGCCGCCUUCCCCACGCGUUGAGUAUUUGUGUAGCUCUCUUGAGUGCAUUGUAUUUAUUCUACGUCGUCUUGUGUUAUCGGGUGAUGUCGAGGAGAACCCCGGUCCCAUGACCAGAGCCCAGGAGGAGCAACUGUCUGCUGCUCUUGAGAUCUUGUCCCGACUUGACACCAACGUCCUAACAUUAAUGUCUGAUGUUAAAACGCUGCAGACCUGGCAGCAGGUCACCGAGGACGCUCUGUCAGCCUUGUCUGCUAAACUGAAUUCCGUGGAAAGUGAUCUCUGUGAUGUUAAAAAUACCCAGACCGACCUUUUGGGAAACGUGCAAUCGGAGCUGGCUGAUUUAAGGCUAUCCAGCACGAACGCUUCUGCUCGUAUUUCUGCAUUCGGAACUAGGUUAAACGAGCUAGAGGAUCGUUCACGAAGGUCGAAUUUGAUUUUCUAUGGGAUUGCCGACGCUGCGGACGAGUCAUGGUCACAGAGCGAAGCUAAAGUUGUUGAACUUUGUUCUACAAAAUUAGGCAUCCCAUGCGCCUCUUCAGACUUCGAACGGGUCCACCGUAUCGGUUCCUUUAGUUGUACUAAGACGAGACCAAUAGUUGCCAAAUUUUCCUGCUUCAAGCGCAAAGAACAAGUUCUUUCCUCAAGUAAUACCCUCAGAGGAUCCGGCUUGAGCAUUGCCAACGACUUCUCCGCAGCCACACGACUUGCUCGUCGUCGCCUUGUUGAGUUUGCUCAAAGUAAGUCUUCACUGUUCAAACUAAGGUACGACAAGCUGUUCAUGGAUUCCAAGUGUUACCGCUUCAACCAUAUAAAUUCUGCUGUAGAAGAGGUAGCUAAGUAGCAACCAAAAAAGAGAUGUCACCCU